AUGGGCCCAAGAGCUCGCACCGCCAAAGGGACGGCCCCUCCAUCGAACAAGUUCCCAUCUUGUGAUUGCGACCUGAAGCCGUCAACCAAUCUCUUCCGUGCUUGGCUCCUUGGCCGCUUGGCGUUUUGCUCCCAUCGCCGGCGUCCCGAGAGAGGCCGAACGAGUUUUUUUCUCAUCCUCGUCGUCCCCGUCGCCGCGCAGUCGUUGAUAGGUUCCCGUGCCCCCGUGCGAGCGGCAUGCGUGUUGCAGACGAAAAGAUUGUUUUCGUUUCCCGUUACAAUCUUGCAUAUCAUCACAUCGCACGCACCCUGUUACAACAUGAGCGCAGUCAUCGUCCCCAACACGCCCUCGACACAAAUGCACAUCGACGUCAAGUCUCAGCGACGCUGCCGCCCCCAUGACCUCUGUUUCCUCCUCAAACUGACCAUCAUAUCCAGAUGCAUCGCAUCGGCACUGUCGGCGGCCAGCCUAAGCUGACGCUGCCUCACGCCGUUGGCAGCAUUUCGUCGCUCGCCUCCACAAAACGCUUCUCCUCUACCACUGCCGUCCAAUCCCGUAAAGACUUUCGACGUGAUCGGCCUGCUCGUCACUUGUCCCCUGCACACCCCCCAAUCGCCCCAAAUACAAGGUUAAUUUGUCACCGCCAACUUUAAGAUCCCAUCAGCGCCCUUCGGGACAAGCUCCGGGCCAUUCGAUGCAUCGUCUUAUCCCAUCCCGCGUUGGCGUUCCCAGUUCUCCCUCCCUGCUCAACGCCCACGGCGGCUCG